UAUGUAGCUGCUUAAACGCUGUUCCCACGGCUAUAAAUCAUGUAAGAGACAUAUGAGUUGCGCUGAUACGGAUUUACAAUGAAGUGCUAUGGACUUUUACAAUAAUGAUGUGGGUGUUCGCGCCCCACAAUACCAUCGAGACAAACAAAUAUAUCGGGUGAGCUUGUGGGAAUCCCGCAUGGUGCGCCUCGGCCGCGGCGGCAGCGCCGAGCCCGCAGCCGGCGCUCGAGGGGGACCGGCCGGGGGAGUGGCUCCGCCGGUCCGCUAUUGGCUCCCGCUCGUCUCCGACCCACGGUCUUAACCGCCCGGCAUGUGCAACGCAAUCCCUCCCUUACUACUUAACAUUAAGAACGAAUAUGCCGCACCCGCGCGCACACAGUGCGUCUCCGUCGCCCUACUCAUUGGCCUAAAAGCCGUGCGGAGCGACAUAUUAUGAUAAUAUAAAUUGACCAACCGUAGAGCAAAUUCGGUUAGUUCGUUAAAGUUGAUUAAAGUCACUUAACCGGGACGGACGCGACGAAACGAACGGCGCGCGCGUUCGUCGAUCCCGAGGGCCCGACUAAAUGAAGUCAAAUUGUUUAAUAUAGCAGUCGAUAAAUCGGUCGCAGCUCGGUGUCGGGUGUCGGAGACGCGGACGCUAGAGGUGCGGCAGGUAGCUCGCCGCGACGGAGCCCAGCGAGGUGGGAACGGAGGUAGCGGGCCCGCACCCGCCGCCAGCCGACGGCUACAUGUACGUGUGCGGGGACAGCGCGCGCUACGAGUGCGCCUUCGAGCCCGGGGGAGCCAUGGAACAGCCCAGCUUCGAGGAGCACAUGUUCGGCGAGUUCGGCAAGGAGCGGCACCUGCAGGUGGUGGUGGGCGCCGGCGGCGAGUUGCAGUACCGCGACGACCUGCCCGUGUUCGGCGAUCCUAAGCGGAAGGACGAGCCGCUGCUGCUGCAGGGCUCUGAGCACGCGCCGCAGCACCCGCUGCCGCUGCCGCACCCGCCGGCGCCCGCGCCCCCGCCCCCGCCCGCACCCUCUACCGCCACCAAAAAGAGCGACAAGAAGAAAAACGAUAACAAUGGCAUCAAGAAAAAAAAAACAAGGACAACAUUUACGGCAUACCAACUGGAGGAGCUAGAGCGAGCGUUCGAGCGAGCGCCCUACCCGGAUGUGUUCGCGCGAGAGGAGCUCGCGCUUAAGCUUAGCUUGUCUGAAUCAAGAGUACAGGUAUGGUUCCAAAAUAGAAGAGCGAAGUGGCGAAAGCGCGAACCUCCGCGGAAAACUGGGUACAUAGGUUCAAGUUCGCCGAGCUCCACGACCCUCGGUGGCGGCUUCUCCGGCAUCGGCGGCAACCUGCCCGCCUUCCCGCAGAACGGCAUGCCGGCGCCGGCCGACUCCUGGUCUUACCAGCACUCGUACGAGCUGCCCUCGCACCACCUGCUGUCGUCGGGCGGCGGCGGCUACCCGGGCUUUAACGCGCAGCCGGCGUACUCGUACACCACGGUACUGAACGGGCACGACGGACAAAUGUUCGCACCGCGCCACUACGAGUACGGCGAGGGCAGCCCGCCACCGCUGGGCGUGCGCGACUACCCGAUGAUGGCGGCGCACUCGCCGCAGCUCGAGCCGCAGGAGGACAAGCUGGAGUAUCGCGCGCACGAGCACGAGGACAAGUACCCGCCGUGCGCGCUGCACGAGGAGGCGCCGCGCUACGCCGCGCCCGAACACUUCCCGGACAAGCACGCCGGCUACGAGCCGGAGCGCCACGCGGACCUCGCACAGCCCGUCGUCGUCAAGGUGGAGCCCACCUCUCACCAGCCUUACACCGCACUUCCCCCUUUUUUGAAUUGAAAUACUCCUUUUCGAAAAUAUCCAUGACACAAGAAUAAUUUCGAAAAGGAGUAUUAAUUAAGACGAAGAGUACGAUGAUAUCGUUAUGGCGCCGCGAGUUGACAGGGUAGUUCGCGGGUU